AUGGAAGGGGCAGAAGCACCACCGUUGAAGGAAAAGAAGGGCUUGAAAACGGUUUGGAACAGAAUCAAGGACUUCUUUAGAGAAAAACCCACCGCUGCACAAACGGCUGUGUCUGCCACUACUACACCAUCUGUUCCCGCACCUCCUGUCGCUCCCCAAAGGGAAGCGGCUGAGGAGACUCUUAAAGCGGAACCUCCAAUCGAGCAUUCGCCUGAACAAGAAACAGUCGAAAUAGACAAAGAAACAGAUCAGCCUAUCGAGCCUGGCUCGACAUCGCCACAAGAACCUGUUGAUACCAAGGACGCCACAGCCGAGUCACACAUGCGGUUCACCAAAGCACAAGCCAUCUUUGCCCGACACAACCUAGAACUAGAUGAAACAGAAUGGGAACCGAGGUACAGAGGCCCACCAGAAAGGGUGUACAAGAACAUACGAAUGAGGGUCAGAUAUACCUGUCACAAUUGUUCGACGACGUUUGGGCGCGAUCGAGUCUGUGUGGGAUGCCAACACCGACGCUGUUCUCGAUGCUCACGAUAUCCGCCCAAAAAAGAUCGGACGAAACCAUCACAAGACCCGACAACAGCAACUGGUCCCUCGAACUUUGUGACCGAGGCUCCUCGACCCGGGGCUGAAGGUGGAACGUGCCAUGAAUGCCGGACUGGGUUCGAGGCAGAUGCCGAAGAAUGUCCCAACUGCCACCACAAAAUUUGCGAGAGAUGUCUGCAUGAAGCCACCAUUACAGUCGACCCGAGCCACGAAGCCGGCCAGGAAGCAUCUCAAGCCGAACAGGUGACCGAACAAAGGAAACCCCCUCUACAAGAAUCAUCCUCUGGUAGCUAG